AUGGAAAGUCUCAGUCAAUAUCCGGACAGAACCAAAAGCCAUGCGAAUAGCUUCGAGAGACCCCACUCGAUAGAGACCCUUGGCAGUGCCAACAAGAUCAUCAUGGUCGAUGGGACUAUUGAGAAUGUCGACAAAAAUGCUUUUGGAGAUGAGCUCGACCAAAUGCCGUGUGGCUACUACUGGAGUCCUCAGUUUCUCGGUAGUCUUGCUGUAGGCCCGACCAUAAGGUCUUUGACAACUAUGGUCACUGAUUAUCUCAGAGGCGCAAUCUUUAGCAAUGCACUUAUAAACGCUGAUAUUGGGCCUUCGACCCAAACCGCAUGGGCGGCCACUGUUUGGACUAUGGGAUCUUCUAUUGGCUUUCUCAUUGUUGGCCGUCUCUCUGAUUUGUACGGACGGAAGUGGAUGGUUAUGAGCACCACUGUGCUUGGUCUUAUUGGCUGUAUCAUUGGCGGCGCCGCGGGGAACGUAGGCAUACUCAUUGCUUCAAAUGGGUGCAAUGGCCUCGCGGCUGCUGGUCAGCUCUCCUUUGGUAUCGUUCUUGGUGAACUUGUUCCUAACAAACACCGCGAUCCUGUGAUGAGUUUUGUCUUCUUGACCUCACUUCCAUUUGCUGUCUUUGGUCCUGUCAUUGCCCGGACGAUGAUCAAGAACAUACACGAAGGCUGGCGUUGGAGUUACUACGUCGGAAUUAUUCUGAACGCUGUUACACUUGUUCUAUAUCAGUUCCUUUACCGCCCACCCACCUUUGCUCAAUUACAUAUUGGAAAAACUAGAAUGCAGCAGACCAAGAGACUUGACUGGGUUGGCAUGUUUCUCUUCACCGCUGGCUGUGUCCUCUUUCUCGUUGGUCUCUCUUGGGGUGGUACUGCAUGUCCCUGGAAGAGUGCUGAGGUUAUAUGUACGCUCCUCAUUGGCAUUACGACUCUGGCGUGUUUCUUCGUCCAUGAGGUUUAUUUCUGCAGUGUACAGCCUUUGAUUCCCUCUCGUGUUUUCAAAAAUAUUGGAUACGUUGCUGUUGUUUCCUGCGCAACUGUUGCCUCCAUGGUAUAUUACUCCCUGACCGUGCUUUGGCCCACGAUUAUUAGCACACUCUACACGACUGAUUCGAUCAAGAUUGGCUGGCAGAGUUGUGUCAUUGGUGGCGGUGUUCUUCUGGGCCAGGCUACUUCAGGUAUCGCAAUCUCCUAUGUCCCCCGUCUCAAGAUUCAAUGCAUCUGCGCUGCUAUUCUAGUCUUGACCUUUAUUGCUGGGCCAACACCAUCGCUUUUGGACUUGUUGCCUGUUUUUGGGGUUGGAUACAUUGAGAAUGUCGCCUUCACAGGAGUUACGCUUCUCUGGGCGCCUCAGGAUAUCGGCCUUGCCAGCGGGAUUCUUGGUUCUAUCCGUGCACUAGGCGGUGCCAUCGCCCAGGCUUUAUAUGUGUCCGUUCUGAAUAACGAAUUGGCCAAAACGAUACUUGAGUAUGUGACUACAGCUGCGGUCGGAUCAGGAUUGCCUGCUAAGUCCUUGCCUUCUCUCUUCGAGGCCGUCACCAGCGGUGAUUAUUCAACUGUGCCAGGUAUCAACAAGGAUAUUAUUGCCUCGGCCAGUGGCGCUGUCGUCAACGCUUAUACCGACUCACUACAUUUCGUCUUCUACGCUACAAUCCCGUUCUCAUGCAUCAUGCUGAUUGCUGCUUGUCUCGUUCCGGAGGUCAAGAAGUUCCUGACCUACGACGUUGCCAGGCGUCUUCAGGACAAGGGUUUCCGCCAGUCUAACUCUGAGGUCAAUGAGAUCUAA